UUUCGGUCAUAAUUAGUUAGUACUAAAGAUGCUGCACUCCUCCUUAACUCACACACACACAAAAACCAUUCCUUCCUCCCUCGCUCUGUAAGUGUAUACUUGUCAGACGUCAUGAUACGUCAUCAGAAGUGUCCACUUCAUUUGAGGGCUGAGGGGAUAGGGUGUGUCUUUUAAGUGUUUGGACUGCAAGCCACACAAAACUGCCCGAUCGUUUUUUCCAUCAUGGCUCCAUCCGCAGACAGGCUGGGAUACUGGGGGCGGCCAACCUCAACGCUAGAUUGGUGUGAGGAUAAUUAUGUCGUCUCUUUCUACAUCGCAGAAUUCUGGAACACUGUCAGCAACCUCAUUAUGAUCCUGCCUCCCAUCUACGGUGCCAUCCAGACGUAUAAAGACGGCCUAGAGUUCCGCUACGUCUACUCUUUUCUGGGACUGGCAGCUGUUGGCAUCGGUUCCUGGUGCUUCCAUAUGACGCUGCAAUAUGAGAUGCAGUUGCUGGAUGAGCUGCCAAUGAUCUACAGCACCUGUGUCUUUGUCUACUGUCUAUAUGAAUGCUUCAAGCAAGAAAACACUCUGAGUUUAUUUCCUAUCACAUUGUUAUUGUUCUUCAGUGUCUCAGUCAGUGUGGUGUAUUUACAAUGGAAAGAGCCAGUAUUUCACCAGGUCAUGUAUGGUGCGCUUGUAGCCUGCUUGGUGAUGCGUUCUCUCUUCAUAGUUACAUGGGUCUACCCCUGGCUCAAACCUAUGUGUUACAUCUCCCUGAGUGUCUUCCUGCUGGGGUUCCUGUUGUGGAACAUUGAUAAUCUGGCAUGUGACUCACUCAGAUCCACCAGACAGAGAUUGCCCCCUGUUGUUGGGGCGGUGACACAGUUCCAUGCCUGGUGGCACAUCCUCACAGGCCUGGGCUCCUACCUACACAUACUCUUCAGCCUCCAGAUACGGUCAAUCUACCUCAAACACAGACCAAAAGUAAAGUUUAUAUGUGGAGUGUGGCCCAUGUUGCACAUGGAGGCUCAGAAGACAAGCUGAGUGGCUGGAGACCAUGAAGGAGGGUGACUACCAUACAACAGGCAUCAGCAAAGGGACCUGACCUGCUAGUCUGCCAACUCCCCCUCUGCUGUCUCUGGGACACAUACUGUACACCCCACUACCAGAGGUCUGGCAGGUCACCCCCCAACCUACCACUCCAGGGACCCUUUUGUUUCACACUGUGUGGAUUUGCCAAGUACAGCAUAGCGUUGAGAGUUGAUAUGGAAUGAUUUUUCUCUUUCAUCGAUCACAAUCGGAUUUUCAUGGUGAUGUUGUAGUGUUUUUGUUUUUAAGUUCUCAAACAUUUUGAAUGCAUUAAUGUACAUACUUUCCUGUAUGUCGAUGCAUAUAUGAUAUGUAGCUGCCCUGCCCGAACAUGGAUAUUUUCUGGAAUAAGAUUAGGAAAAAAGACAAAAGUCAUAAGAACACAUCUAAAUUAUAUUAGUGUAUGUAUUAUAACAUUCAAUAUGAUACUUUAGCAUAUUCACAAACCAUAAUAAUGUCAGAUGGUCAGGUUGAGCUGGCUGUAUUUUUCAUUGGUUAUGUUUAGACCCGGGAACUGGUUUAUACUACCCUAUUUUUUUCAAUAUAAAUGAGCAGGCGCUCUUAUCCAGAGAGACUUAAGCCUUCCGCAUGCUUUGGUUCGGCUGAUGCUUAGCCGAACAAGUGUUCAUAUACUCCCUUAAAAGACCUUCGCUUGAGCCUCCCGAGUGGCGCAGAGGUCUAAGGCAGUGCUAGCUGUGCCACUAGAGAUCCUGUUUUGAGUACAGGCUCUGUCGCUGCUGGCCACGACCGGGAGACCCAUGGGGCGGUGCACAAUUGGCCCAGCGUUGUCUGGGUUAGGGGAGGGUUUGGCCGGCUGGGAUGUCCUUGUCCCAUCACGCUCUAGCGACUCCUGUGGUGGGCCGGGCACAUGCACGCUGACACGGUUGCCAGGUGUACAGUGUUUCCUCCGACACAUUGGUGCGGCUGGCUUCCGGGUUAAGUGGGCAUUGUGUCAAGAAACAGAGCGGCUUGGCUGGGUCGUGUUUCGGAGGACACACUGCUCUCGACCUUCGCCUCUCCCGAGUCUGUAUGGGAGUUGCAGUGAUGAGACAAGACUGUAACUAUCAAUUGGGGAGAAAAAGAGAUUUGAAAAAAAUGAAGAUCUUUAAAAAAAUAAAUGCCCUUCGCUUGAAAAAAGCAGCAAUUACUACUGUUUGUCCAUAUUGAAACUCCGUAGCCAGUAAACACAUUCUCAAAAUAGUCCAAAAUUAAUGAUAACUCAAGAAAUGUUUCAUUAAUUUUGACAUUUUUUCUGAGGAGAUCUUAGUUGCUCAACUUUACAUCUAAAAUGUUUGGUGCAGUAUUUCUCAAGUGAAAUAAUUAGCAUGAAAACGAUUAAUCUCUAGUUGAGUGACAGCAAACAUGAAGCAUUAACAAUGACAGCAUUGUAGAAUCCCUACUGUUGACCAAUCACCGACGAAGAAGCGUAAAGUUUGGUUACCAACUUUGGCUACCGACUUUGGCUUCCAUCUAAAAAUGUUUGUGUGCACGAACAGCCCAAAAAAACCUUGCCAAAGACCAAAACAAAGAAAAAAAUCAUAACUGUUUCGGAUGGGAAGCCUGCAGACACCGUUACAGUUAGUGCAUUCAUCUUGAGAUACCUAGGUCAGACAACCGCAUAUCACAGUCAUAGUAAGUACAUUUUUCCUCAAAGAAGUUAUCAGCAAAUGUCAGUGCUAGUAGGAAAACACAAGUGCAUAAGCAUGAAUUAAAUGUCUUAUUUAAGAUACUUUUUGAAGAGGUAGUGUUUCAGACAUUUUGGGAAAAUUGGCAGGGACUCUGCUGUCCUGACAUUAGGGGGAAGCUUGUUCCAUCAUUGGGGUGCCAGAACAGAAGAGUUUUAGGGGUGGGAGGCCCAAGACACCAGAGGUGGCAGAGGUUCCCUUCUCUAAGGGAAUCUGGUCUAGAUGAUACAGUGUGUGCUGGUUACAGACAGGACUGAAACAGAGAUGGCAGGGAAAGGUAUAAUAAAUCAGUUAUAUUGACUACAGUCAUAUGUCCUUUGCAACGUCUUGGUAACACAGGAACACUCUUUGACUUCAAUGACAUGUAAUGUAUGCCAAGACUGCAGCUGCAUUAUACUUGUUGUUUAGAUAUUUUUACAUUUACAUGUCCAUGUGUUUUAUGAUUUACUUCAUUAAUAUUAACAAAUCGACAGGAGAUUAUACAAGUUAAGGAUUGUUCCAUUUCAAAAAAUACAGUCACGUUGUCAUAGUGGAAAUUUCAAGGAUACAGGGUAAUUAUUUUCAUGUGUAUGUAUUUUUAUUUGCCAACGCAAAAGAUCAUGAAGAAAGUUUACCUGAAAUAAAGAUAUCUGCACAAGCCUUGGUGUUGCUGCCAAAAGGAGGAAUGAGAAAAUAGUGUUUUGACUGACCACUGAAA